AUGGGAGACACAGAUGGCCCAUUGAGUGGUCAGUUAGAGUGUGAUUCUGAUUCAGAUACGGAGGACAGGAAAGUUACACCCAUUUUUGGUAGCACUAAGUUGAUAGAUUUUGGGCCACCUGACCAGCCUAGGGAGCUUAGGAUUGCCUCUUCCCUAUCUCCUGAUGAGAGGAGUAGAUUGAUUAACCUGCUCAGGUUUAAGAAUGCAAGAGCCACUUAUCAUAGAGCUGCUACUACUUUAUUCCAUGACAUGAUGCACAGAGACAUCGAGGUAUAUGUAGAUGACAUGAUAGUGAAGUCCCGAGAAAGGGCAAAUCACUUAACAGCACUACAAAGAUUCUUUGAGAGGAUCCGACAUUUCAGGCUGAGAUUGAAUCCUAAGAAAUGUACCCUUGGGGUGACUUCUGGGAAAUUGCUAGGACACAUCGUCAGUGAGCAUGGUAUAGAGGUUGAUCCCAAAAAGAUCAGAGUCAUACUUGACAUGCCUGCUCCGAGGACUGAGAGAGAGAUUAGAAGUUUUCUUGGCAAACUACAGUAUAUCAGUCGUUUCAUUGCUAGAUUGACAGACAUAUCCGAGCCUAUCUUCCUUCUUUUGAGGAAGAACCAGCCUAUAGUUUGGAAUAAUGAUUGCCAGCGCGCUUUUGAGAAGAUUAAGGAGUGUCUCCUCUCCCCUCCUGUUUUAGUGCCUCCCACAUUGGGGCUGCCUCUGCUUUUGUACUUGUUCGUUUCAGACAUGGCUUUGGGAUGCAUGUUAGCUCAGCUUGAUGAUUCAGGGAAGGAGCAAGCCAUUUAUUAUCUGAGUAAGAGAAUGCUGAAGUAUGAGUGCAGAUACAUUAUGAUUGAGCGCCUCUGUUUAGCACUGGUUUGGGCCACCAGGAGGCUGAGGCACUACAAGUCAGUAAAAUGGAGCAUUGUUGCAGAUCAUUUGGCUUCUUUGCCCGUAUCUGACGACAGACCGAUUGACGAUGAUUUCCCUGAUGAGCACUUUGUCUCAAUGACCAAUAUUGCAGGAUGGCAAUUGUACUUUGAUGGUGUCGCCAAUCAGUCGGGGUUUGGUAUUGGUCUGGAGACUACGCUAGACCUUAGAGUUAGACAGUUGGAGAUCCACGAGGAUUCUAACUUGUUUGUUGAUGCAUUAGCCACCUUGGCUUCUGUGAUUGAGAUUCCUACGGGAGUGACUGUGCAACCAUUGUUGAUUGAGACUAGGCCCGCACCAGCUUACUGUUGUUUGAUUGGGGAUAUUGAGGACCAGGAUGAGCUGUCCUGGUAUCAUGACAUUUAUCAGUUCCUGUUAUGUGGCGCUUACCCUGAGUCAGCCUCAACCAAGGAUAGGAAAGCUUUGAGAUCGAGUGAUGAGAGAGGUUCAUGCAGGAGUUUGUGGCUCACACGUGGGAGGACAUAUGUUGGCCCGAAAGAUUAUGAGGACAGGUUAUUUCUGGUUGACCAUGGAGGCAGAUUGUUGCCAAUUCGUUUAGAGGUGCCCAAAGUGCUAGAUGCACGGCAUGAGUACAUCUUAGUUGUCGUUGAUUAUUUCACCAAGUGGGUGGAAGCUGCUUCUUAUGCUAGAUUGACAGCGGCCAGGGUGGCCAAAUUCAUCAGGUCGCAUAUUAUCUACCGAUAUGGGGUCCUCCACGAGCUGAUUUCCGACAGAGAGGUGCAUUUCAGGGGCGAGGUGGAUACAUUGAUUCAGGAGUAUGGCAUUCAGCAUCACAGAUCGUCUGCUACAUCUUUUCGUACUUCUACCGAGGCUACCCUGUAUUCUUUAGUGUAUGGUAUGGAGGCGGUGCUGCCUAUUGACAUUGAGAUGGGAUUCUUGGGAGUAGCAUUAGAGCAGCAGAUAUCUGAGACUUAG